AUUAUUACUUGUUUUAUCUUACGUUUCAGGAAAUUACAGAGGAUAACAACAUGGAGAUGAAGCCGCAGGAUGGUAGAAGGAGUCCCCCCCACAGGGAAGUGCCCCCAGUCGUGGGGCUGCUGCUGGCCAUGGCUGUCAUGAACGGGCUCCUCUACCUCUGCCUCGAUCGCUUCUUCAUCGCCCCCCGGCGUUCCGCCCUGGACCCCCAGCACUGUCCCUAUGGUCACUUCAGAAUGGGACAGAUGAACAACUGCUCAGCAUGGCUGUCCUGUGAGGAGCUGAGGACAGAAGUGAGGCAGCUGAAGCGUGUUGGGGAGGGAGCCGUGAAGAGAGUGUUUCUGUCCGAGUGGAAGGAACGCAAAGUCGCUCUCUCUCGGCUCACCAGUCUGGAGAUGAAAGACGAUUUCCUCCACGGACUGCAGAUGCUGAAAUCUCUGCAGAGCAAACAUGUGGUCACGCUGCUUGGCUUCUGUGAAGAUGACAACACUAUUCUCACCGAGUAUCACCCCUUAGGGUCCUUGAGCAGCCUGGAAGCGACACUCAACCUUUCCAAGUACCAAGCCGUGAACACCUGGCAGCAGCGGCUGCAGCUGGCCAUGGACUACGUGGGCAUCAUCCACUACCUGCACCACAGCCCCCUGGGCACGCGGGUCAUGUGCGACUCCAACGACCUGCCCAAGACGCUGUCCCAGUACCUGCUGACCAGUAACUUCAGCAUCGUGGUGAACGACCUGGACGCGCUGCCCCUGGUGAACCACAGCGCCGGGGCGCUGGUGAAGUGCGGCCACAGGGAGCUUCACGGGGAUUUCGUGGCUCCGGAGCAGCUGUGGCCCUAUGGAGAGGACGUACCUUUUCGCGACGAUCUCAUGCCCUCGUACGACGAGAAGAUCGACAUCUGGAAGAUUCCCGACGUCUCCAGUUUCCUUUUGGGGCACGUCGAAGGGAGCGACAUGGUCCGAUUCCAUUUGUUCGAUAUCCACAAGGCCUGUAAGAGCCAGACUCCUGCAGAGAGGCCCACCGCGCAGGCCAUUCUGGACACUUACCAGAAGGUUCUGAAUUCACUCAGAGACACCGUGACGUCUCAGACCAGAGAAAUGCUAUGAAGACUAGUCCGGUCAGUGAGGGGUGCGAGUUAAGGAACAGCAGUUCUGCUCUGACAGUGAGCUUGCUGCUGUUCAGCCAGGUGGCUCCUCCGCUGGACCCACGUGCACAUGUGAGUGGCUGCCUCUGCUGGCCACCGGGGCGGAAAUUGCUAAGACAGAGCAACCGACGUGAUCUAAGUCUGGCUUCACUUCUAACGCUGACUGCUCCCAGGAGAAGAUGCAGAGAAGCCGUGAAUCUGACCUGUAUCUGAAAGAAGUAACUACAGAAAGAUGUAGCUGGAAAGAGCCUUUCCCUGACCUAAUAACUGAGUUUGUAAGCUUGUAAGAAAGGUAGAUAGAGACGAUUUUUAAAUGGCAGUAUAUGAAAGAAGCAUAGAGUAGUUCUCCAAGGAAUUUUCUUUCCUCUGUUUUGGAUGGCAAUCAACAUACCAGGUCCUGGGAGUAUCCCUGGUCUGCUUCACUUUGUAUGGGUGGGGCCACCCUUACUGUUUUAAGUGAUUGCUCUGUGAAGCUCCAGUGCCAUCCUCCUUCCUAGGAGCUUAAGGAGAACUACGAUGGCAUGCUCUUUGAAAUUUGUUUUUUAAUAUAUUUUUACUAGAGGCCCGGUGCACGAGUUUGUGUACAGGUGGGAUCUUGCCAGCCAGCCCCAAACGGGGUGGGUGCGGCCCACUGGGGGUGGGACCAGGGGGAGGGGUCGAGGGCGGUUGGCUGGUUGGCCCCGCCCCCUGGUCAAACUUCCGGUUGAACGCCCAUCGAGGGGACAAUUUGCAUAUUAGCCUUUUAUUAUAUAGGAUUGAUUUC